CUACUCUAUGCUUCUUAUCAAUUCUUUAGCUAUACAGGCUGCUCAGGGAUCUCGGACGCGCGACUUCACAGAAAUGUGUCUAAGUCAAAGAGUAAUGACGACAUUUCACGCGGAUGUUGACAGAUCACUGAUCUGACAGGUCAUGUGCUUGCGCGACGGGUGGGGGUCAAUAGGACUUAUUCCGUCAUACCACCGCUUCAUGUGAGCCAACCCAAGAGCGGGGCUUGCGUGUCAUUGCCAAUGAUCGCCCUCGUUCUCUCAUAGCAUGAUCUUCCGGACUUCCACCGCUUGAUCUUCUUGGCUCUGACUGCAAGCGCGUCCAGUGGUUGUCAUGCUGUCCCGAUCCGUGUCGUUCGAGCGCUGUAUCCACCAGCAUGCACAUGAAUCUCAGCUCUAUCGAUAUACCCGUCUCCGCACAUGACUCCCCGAAUCCCCAUUGUCUCGCCCCCGCCCUGUCCCAUCUUACUUCUUAGAGCAAAAUAAGGAAUUCUUGUAGCGCGAUUACGUGAAGCACGUGCCAAUCAUUUACUCUAUCAGCGCCAUCGUCCCGAGUCUCCUAUGAAACUGAUAUUUUCGGGUAACACGGGCAGAUCGGAUCUUACAUAGCUUUGCAUAGCCUUGAACAGCCUUUCGAGCCUUACUUAUAAACCUCUAGAGCCGUAUGUAUUUGUAAAGCGUCAAAUAUCAAGUAUCUUCAUCGCAUUAUCCCUCGAGUCACGCAGCUCCUCGUCACCUCUCUAUCCAUCGCGAAGUGCUAACAGCACCUGGGAUCGAUCGAGAGACUUCGAACGAAAAUCGAUAGCCAUUGGUAAGCAUCGCUGAAGGCAUCCUCUCAUCUGCCCAUGCAGUCCCCCAACCACGAGCGCUCGGAAAUCUACGUCUCAGUGCCGCCCGAGCUCUGGGCUAGAAUCUGGGCCAACUGUCCCCGCCCCCGCCUAUGUCGGAUAGCGCUCGUUUGCCGCCUCUUCCGUGAUACAGUGCAGCCACUCCUCUUUCACGAAAUCGUAACGUCCUGCGCACCGGAUGCCGAAUACCGCGUCGCGUCAUCGAAUUGGUUUGAAAUCACCAAGAAGAUGUGUCGGGUCACAGCGAUGUUCAACACCCUCCCUCACAGUGCUCUGGGAGACUCCGUCUUCGAGCUGACAUUCCGUGGGACCCGAAACCCAGGCUUCGUCUCACCCACAACCCGAGAUGUGGAAAUGACAGUGAACAUCGGACUUGUGAAGCAGAGCUUCGAGUUGGCUAUGACAUCAUUCAAGGAAAACCUUCCCGCGUUCCGCAAUUUGCGAUCGCUCGUUCUCUACAGUGUCGUGAUCGAUGAAACGAUUUAUGCCGUCUUAGAGCAGAUGAAGGCGCUGGAGGACCUGUCCAUCAUGGCCAUCGACUUCGAUCGGUUCUGCGACCCGCCCGGAUCACUUUUGCGUCUCCUUAGUGUGAAGGCCAUGAUGUAUGACGGGCGCGAAAGGGCUUCGACGCCGCAUCUGCUAUGCGCUCCCCAGGACGUGAUAGAGCUGGAUAUUGAAUCUAGUUUCUUGCUGGGAUUCUCGAAUCUCGGUCAAUGCUGCGUCAAUCUCCGUUCUUUGACCUUGGCGCGCGCGGUCUCUACGGAAGACUGCGACGAUUUCUUUCGAUUCCUUCACUUGUGUCCGAAUCUGAAGCAUCUGAACAUUAGUGCAGUUGACAGCGACAAGCCUUGUCAACGCGUUUUUGAUCCAAUUCUCGUUCCACAACUUACUUCCAUCCAUGCGGAUCGUGCUUGGACGCGAUUCUUCGCUUUCGGGAGACAGAUCACGGCAGUCAACUUCUGGCGCAGCCACUGGUACGAUGACGGAGCCGAUGGCUGGCCCGAUCUCCUCAGAACGCUCGAAAUCCUCCAUGACGCCCAGAUCCCGUUGACACAGGCGUCCUUCUGGGUCCCCACAUAUUCCGUCCCACUCCUCUGCACGACCUUGGCAUCUUUCUGGCCACAGUUGGAAUCACUACGAGUAUCGACUUCAGAUCAAUACGGAUUCCCCAGGCCUCUGCGUGGCCGCCCCAACAAUCCCCUGCGCCUCCCCGCUUCGCCAGUUUUGGACGAACGCACAGUUGAUCUCACAGUCGAAUGGCAUCCGGCGCCUGAUGUCGAGACCAUUUCCCGUCCUGAAUCGCCACAAGAAAGCUCGAUAGAGGACGCAGAGCGGGAUGAUCCCGACGCAGAGGAAGACUCGUUUGAUGUGAAUGGGGUCCGGCGUCCGCGUCGGCCAAAGCAACCUGCUCGCUUUGAGACUCUGCUCCGGAAUAUAAUAGAUGACGACUUUAAAUUCCCACCUGCAUUGAAAAUACUCGAAUUAAGUUCCGGGCACCUUGGCUCUGGUUCGAUCUCAAGAUACCGUCUGUACCCCAUUAAAUUAGGGCAUGAUGUGAUCAAGGCACUCGGAAACCGAAUCCCUGCGCUCCAGAGGAUUCAACUGGGAAGCACUCACCAGUCAUGGAAUCGGUACCAAGGCGGAUGGUCUGAUGGCGGACCACUCAUCUAGAGCAUUUUCUGACAUAGAAACGUCUAUCAAGCUCGAUAGCAAUUUCGAAUCAUGUUUCACUCAGCACGAACAGAACAACGUGAAAAGGUUGUCGAUUCGGAGUCUCGUUCCCGCGUCCGCAGCGUAUCUAUCCGAUUCUGUAGUAGAUAAGUAGCUCCGCGAGCAAAGGGAGGCGUAAACAGUAGUUAUAAAGCAUCUUCAAUUCUGAGGGCAUGGGAGAAACGACGAGGAAGAUCGUUGCUGAGGGAAAACCUCGCUUUAUAUUAUACGUUAUUAUUAUUAUUAAAUUCCUCUUUUAUUCCCUUUCGUCCCUAAGGAUAUGGUGGGGAUUCUUCCUACACUAUUUAUGCGCUCGGGCUGGCCGCUUGCGUGGGUUUCCUUUCGCAAUGCUUUAUAUUAUACGUGACACCUCAAUGUGCGCGAGAGGUCAUCAGUUCGAUCCCGAGGUGGAAUCAUU